AUGUCUAAUAAAGUCUUACUUGCAGAUUACAAUAAUCAUGGACAACAACAAUUUGAAUAUCCUGAACAAGAUGUUUAUUACACAGGUAAAUAGCUAUAUCUAUUAUUCUAGGUCGUAAAUUGAAUCAAGAUUUGAAACAUGGUCCUAUUGAAUAAAGAGGAUGUCAAGAUAUCAUAUGUGUAAUACUCUAUUUAUCUGUUUGGGCAUUAAUGAUAUUUUGUGCAAUAAAGUCAUGGGAUACAGGAGAUGCUUCCAAAAUAUAUUUGCCAUAUGAUAGUGUAAACUAAAGAUAUAAUAAUAAUAGUAAUAAAGACAAUGUGGAAGAGGUGAUCUCAAAAACUACCCAAAUAUCUACAUUAUCACUUAAUCAGAAUCAUAUUGUGUUUCAGAUUGUCCUGGAGAAAGUGGAGUUGGCAAAGAACUUCCUUGUUAUUAAUGUUCUGCAUAAACAGCACCUUAUGCCAGUGCUUAAUUACUUACUUUGUGCUUUCCUACUCUAAAAGUAGAUGAGAAAUAUUAAGAAUUGAUAAGCAAUCUUGUAGAUAUAAGUGGAUUUUAAAGACAUUAUGCAGACAUUGAAGAAACAUGGCCAAUAAUUUUGGCUUGUGCUGGAAUUGCAUUUUUUAUGGCUAUAUUGUUAACAUUUUUGAUAAGAUUAGCUGCAGGUUGUAUAGUAUGGGGAAUGAUAUUGAUUUAUUUAUUGAUAGUAGGAGCCAUAGGAACAGUUGCUUAUUUACAAUCUAAAGGCCAUUAUUAAGAAUAUAGAGUUAUAGAUGAUGCUUAAUAAUUAGAAAUAAUAGCAUAUGUAUUUUGGAGUAUAGGAGGAUUAUCAUUAUUAAUAAUUCUAUGUUUGGCUAAAAAGAUUUCAUAAGCUAUUCAAGUUUUAAAAACAGCUGCUGAUUUUACAAGAGAAGAAUGGUAGGCUCUUUUUGUUCCAGUAUUUAUUUUAAUCUUAGUAUUGGGAUUCUUUGCUUAUUGGUUAAUAUUCUCAGCUAUAAUAUAUUCAACUUCAAAUGAGAUUAAUAAGAGUUAAUAUAGUCCUUAUGUGGAAUUAUAAUGGGAUGCAAAAACAGGUUGGCAAUUAUGUCUAUACUUUUUUGGAUUGAUUUGGAAUGUAUGUUUUGCAUUAGCACUUUGUCAAUUUGUUAUAAGUAGUUGUUGUUGCUUUUGGUAUUACAGUCAUUAAGGUUAUCCAUUAAGUAGUAGUAUUUUAAAAAGUUUUUGUCGUGGAUUUACUACUAAUUUUGGUAGUCUAUUAUUUGGUUCUUUAAUUUUGGCUAUUGUUUGGACAAUUAAAUUUAUAUUAGAGUUUUUCCAUGUAUUUAUAAAAAUUUAAAUAAAUAGAAAUAAUUAAAAAAUUCAGUUUAAGGUGACAAUAAUGCUUUAGGAUAUGCUUUAAGAUGUGCUAAAUAUUAUGUCUCAUGUUUUGAGAAAUUCAUAAGAUUCUUGAAUUAAAAUGCAUAUACAAUGAUGGCAUUAACAGGAUAGAGUUUUUGUAAUUCUGCAUAUGAUGCCUUUUAUCUCAUCUUAAGAAAUGCUACACGUGUAGCUAUCACUCAUGGAUGUAUGAAUUAUAUCAAUUAUAAAUGAUAGUGGGUGAACUAUUUGAGUUUUUGGGUGCCAUAUUUAUAUCAGCCUCAUCCUCUUUCAUUUGUUACUUGAUUAUCACUAAGGCUGAUGCUUAUAAAAACAAUAUCUUCAAUCCAAUUGCUCCAACUUUAGUAAAUCUUAUAUUCAUAGUAUUUUUUUAGGCUUUCAUUUUGAUAUCAUAUAUGAUUGGCAAGAUGUUUAUGAAUCUAUAUGGUAUGGGAGUUGAUACUUUAUUGUUAUGUUUUAUUGUUGAUACUGAGAUGAAUAAAAAUGAAGGUGGUGCUAAAUCAGUUCCACAUUCCCUUAAAUAAUAUGCUUCAGAAUUAAAUUGAA